AUGCUGGCCGAAUUUGAUGAAACGUGUAAAAAGAUCGGUCUUCAGCUGAACCGAGACAAGACGAUGUUUAUGGGGAGCGCAUGGGUUUCUGAUGCCCCAUUCACGCUCAACGGUAUGAACAUAUCCGAUUGCUACCAGCUAUGUAUAUCUAGGUCAGGAAAUGAACAUGAUGAACGACCUGACCUCCGAGCUGGUCAAAAGGAAACGAGCGGCUUGGGAAGCAUUCAAGAGCAUCGAGGAUAUAGUGAAGAGAACCAAGAACAUCUGGCUCGGUGCUCGCCUAUUCAGUACAACCGUUCUUCCUGCUUUGGCCUACGCUUCAGAAACGUGGUCGUUUCUGAAGCAAGAGGAAGAGCAAGAGCGACUGGAUACCACAUGACAUCAAACGCACCGCAGAAAGAUCGCCGACCCGAUGGUCAGACCUCUUCACGAAGUCCUUCAAAGAAAAAUACGACGUUGUUCGAGUUCCUCGCGAGAAGAGACGCCACUGGGGAACGCUUGCGCGCGAUCGGAACAAAUGGAAGUAUUACUGGUGCCCCUCGAGAAAAUCUAUGA